AUGUCUUUCUCGCCUGCUAGAGUGAUCGGACGUCUUCUGUCGUCCUUUACUCCGGAUUUUUCACCUCCAACGAGGAAGGAAAUCGCGAUCGCCGACGCCUUCAAAGGCAUUCUCCAGAGCGCAGCAAAUGGCGACAUCGAGUGUGAGGAGGAAGAGGAAUCUCUCCAGGUGCAUUUCGACGAAGAAUCAGAGGUCGACUGGACCCCUCAUGACGAUGACGAUAACGGCCGUUGCAGUGAUGUCCUCCCUGAUCAGAAGUGCGUCCUCUUCGACGGAAAACCUAUUCCAGAGGAUAUGAUCAAGCGUGCCAUUGAAUUCUACCGUGAGACGGACAAAGGGAGCCGACCUUUGUCAGCCAUGAUGAACCGCUUUCGAUGGAUAAAACGGGAACAUCAUAUAAAUAUACUUCGAGAAAUCGAAAAGAAGGGUAUUCUUGAAACUUCUUUGGAUGGCAUACCGUUACAAACUCCCAUUUGUCGUAUUCAGCGUCAUUGA